CCGUCGUGAACGCGCUCCAUCUUCCCCCCUCGAGAGUCGUCGUCCGUCGUCGUGGGAGCGCGCCUGAGGAUUCAACAGCUGCACAGUUGAGACUCGGCGAACAAAUAUGAUCCAAACAAAUUGACCAAGGUGAGCCCGCUGUCCGCCGCCGUCGAGACGUGUGAAGCCGAGGAGCAGCUCACCACACACGGCCGAGCUCUCUCUCUAUCUCUGCCCCCCCCUACCCCACCAACACACUCCUCAGCCCUGUCACUAUCAGUACGGAAACUCUUGAGUUGGUAGGUAUUGUUUGGUGAGUUUCUGCAGCUUGGUCGAGGCGACAGAAGGGCAGUUUGCUAACAUUAAUGUCGUUAAAAGUGACUUUUUGUCUCCUUUUUGCUCGGAAGGGGCCGACACUCACUACUCGGAGACGUUAGCGUGCUGUUGUGCUGCUUAACUUUUAAAAACAAAUGUAAAGGUUCCUAAUAUUCUGGACAGCAACAUCGGAGGAAGAUGCCGACUCACUCGUUGCUGCCAUUUGUGGACAGCCCAGAUGGACUUGCCCAAGAUAUUCUUAUUAGUAACAGUGCAAACAUCCCGGGGCCUGGCUCUAGCAUGACACCACACACCAGCUACUCAGAAAAGGCUGUGUCGCAAUCUGGAGGAAGUACACCACUGUCUUGCAUGUUCUGCGAUCACACUUUCACUCAUCAGGAUGAGCUAGGCCCCCACGUGUUAACACAGCACCCCACCACGUUCUUUGAACCGACUGUGCUUCGGGUUGAAGCAGAGUUCAGGAUCCCAGGAGACAGGCCCCGAUCCAAACCGAGCAGCCUCGCAGCUGAAAAAGAAGAAGUUCACAGCUGUAUUGUGUGUGGACAGAUAUCACAGGACGCCAGUGAGUUGGAGACCCACAUGAGGAAGCACAAGGACUACUUUACCUACUGUUGCAAUGUUUGUGGACGGCGCUUCAGAGAGCCGUGGUUCCUCAAGAACCACAUGAAGAUGCAUGUGAAACCAGGAGCAAAGAGCAAGGCCCAGCAAGACCUGGAUACCCCAGUUACAGUCAAUGGUGUCAUCCAGGAACCUGCUUCAGAGCCAGUGGUCACUGUUUACAAUAUGUGCAUGGUUUGUGGGUUUUUCUUCCCAGACCAUGACAGUUUGGUUGAACACAGCAAAGUUCAUAAUAGAGAGGUGGAGCCUGACAAAGACAAGGAGAAGUUGGAUGGCACUACUGAAUCCUUUACCAAACAGGAAACAUUUCUUCACAGUCUAAAUCUUUUGCCUUGCUCUCCAGGAAACGGUUUGCAAGAUGUGAGAUCAUCAAAAUGGAUUCCCCAGCUAGACCCCUUCACCACAUAUCAGGCCUGGCAGCUUGCUACAAAGGGCAAGAUAGCUGUUGGGCCUAACAAUACUAAAGAUAUCGGCCAGGACGUCAGCACAGACAAUGAAGACUGUGGCUCUGUCAAGGAGGAAAUGAAUAAUAUUUGGCCUGAAGGAGACAGAACUGGGAAAGAGGUUCUUGGGAGAGAGCUCCGGUCUCAGCAGCAGGCUGCUGCAGAAAGCGUGAACCCACAGCGAAGAUCUCUAAUGCAAAAAGAUAGGGACAAAGAGAGGCCAACCAGCUGUGAGGAAUGUCAGAGAACCUUCAGGACAUACCACCAGUUAGUUCUCCACUCCAGGGUCCACAAGCGUGAGAGAGGUGGCGAGGAAAGCCCGACUUGUGCUGAUGGGAAACUGUCAAGAGCAGGAUCACUGGAGCAUGCAGAAGAGGGCUCUGAGGAGGGCUUUGAGGAAAACCUCGGAUCAGGUGAAGAUGGGUUUGAUCGAUCAAAGGUCAGAUCAAAAGAAUGCAGCUACUGUGGCAAAUCAUACAGAUCAAGCUAUUACCUCACAGUUCAUUUGAGGACUCACACAGGUGAGAAACCGUUCAAGUGUGCUUACUGUGAUUAUGCUGCAGCCCAGAAGACUUCAUUAAAAUAUCAUCUGGAUCGACGUCACAAGGACAAACCUUGUGUGGAGAUCUCCAGCAGACCUGUGCCUUCCCCUAAUGGUAGAAAACAUGAAAAUGACAUGGAAAAUCCUACCCCAAACAGAUCCAAACUCUGGGUUCCUAAAGCCAAAUUGUACACCAGUGGAACACCAGAGGACAGAUCUGAUAGCGUAGACGGCAAGCUUGGCAAACCACUCGUCCAGGGUAAUGCUGAGAGUGAGAAAUUAAUUGCUAAGUCUGCUUACUCUUCGCCUGAUGAUGUGCUCAUAAAGUGCCCUGUACCUGUUAACCUGAAGAAGGAAAAGGAGGAGACAAAGGAAGAGAACUCUGAGGCCCCAUUAAAUCUGUCCUUAAAAGUGUCUCUCUCCAUCCCUGCCAGUGCAGAACCAAGAAAUGCAUUAAUUCCAAUUGCCUGUUCAUUUUGUGCAUAUAAAACCAUGUACCCAGAGGUUCUAAUAAUGCACAAAAAGCUGACUCAUAAAGACAAGUCAGACAGUACCAAAAAGAAUGGAUUUGGAGGCAAUGUGAAACAAAAACGUUAUACAGGCUGCCCCCCUGCGCUCGAUGGUAAAGAUGUUACCCCACUUCUGAUGACUGACAGACGCCACCCUCGUCGUACCAAGUCGCCGCCACCUCAACCCGCAAAACCACAAGAAAAUCCGCCUGUUAACCCUCCUCCUGGCCCUAAGCAGUCCUCCAGCCACGCACCCCCACGUGAUGUCUCCCAGAAGACCCUGCGUUACAGACAGAACACUGAUUCACAUCCCAGUCAGGAAUCCUCCAGGUACACAGAGAUCAUGAGAAAGACCAACACAGCCAAGUACGUCAUGGACAGAACUGGCCCUCCGGACAGAGUGGGCAUCGGUGAGAGGAGUUACCCAGCAAGAAGCGGAGCCAUUUGGCACUCGGAUGCCGCCAGGCUCUGCCUGUCCAGCCGAUUUGGGAGCCUCCCCCAGAUGGAUUUUGGUGAAUCAUCCAGCAAGAGAUUGAAGUACUCUGUUCCUGCAAGGAGGGAGGCUGAGGCUGGUGAGAAGGCUGAUUUUCGAGGAGCAUCAGGGGAUGGACCGAACAUGCUGCUUAAUACGGGGAGAAGUGUGAAAACCCCAUCGCAAGGGCCAGGGCCAUCCACAGCUUCAGAGGCGUUGGGUCCUGUAAAGAAUUCAGCCACAUCUAUUGGAGGUUUGGACACUGACUGGAGCAUGAUGAACCUUCUACACUCCUACGCACCCAGUGACUUGGCAUCUUUCUAUCACAGCACACGAGCAAACCCCAGUCACGGAGGACUGGCCAACCCAAGAGCAGGGGGCAGAAUUGUGCUGUACCAACACUUACCCAGUCUACCCAACCUGCAGAGGAGAGACCCCUCACGCUCAUUCCCUAAUCAGCGCUAUGGCACCACUGACAAAAGUACCUAAAGUAAAAAGCACCAAGGUAAAAGGAUGUAAUAUUUUGAAACACACACAGCAAGGUUUCAUUUUUUUUUUGGCGGGGGGAUUUUCAAACUCACCAGAAUUAUUAAAAAUAAUUUUACCUUGCGCUUGAUAUUUAUUAAUCAAGUCGUGUUUGAAAAUGUAAAAAGCCUUUUGCCGCGUUUCUAAAUUUAAACUGUGCUGCUACCUUAUUUUGGAGAACUUCUUGGGAAAAUGUGUUUGAUGUACAGGUUUAACAAGAGAGAUGGUUUGUGCUCAAAGUGUGUCAGCGCUCCCCUAAUUUAAUAUUGUUUCAAUAGAGGAAAAUUUGCGUUGUAUAGAGAUUUCAGGGCUCAGGAUUUCAGUGGACUUUUUUUUUUUUUUGGAAUGGAAAAGGGCAGAUCAUCUAUCUUUGAAUUUAAUUCCACUGGUGUGCACUGUGAUAUUUCUUUCCACUCAAAACUGUUGCUCAAUCCGUAUUUAACCCACACUAAUAUUCAGAUAUCUAUGACAGUAACAGUAUGUGGGAUAACGUAAACACAGCUGUAAAUUUUCAGUAUCUAAAAAUGUGUUAAGCUAAAACCUAAGAAAAACAUGUCUAAAUGUGCUGCUCUGUUCACGUACUGGUGAUGUCCAGGCAGUAAUUACGUACUACUCUGUAUCUUUUUUUUUUUUUUUCUUUUCCAAAGCACUGGCAGGUGGGAAGUUUAUGUCAAAUAACUUGAUGGCUUCGGCCCAGUAGUUUACAAACAGGCCACAGUAACAAUUCCUUCUGUGUGUUAAAGUGUUCUACCUCAUGUUGUGCUCAAGACACUUAUUUUUGUAAAGCUGCUGCAGCUAUCACGUCAGCUGAGCCUAUACACAGAGUCGUCUAUCAACUACAGACAGAUGUUUUGAGUCGUGGUCGUGUAGGUGUGUUGCCAUGUGCUGGAAUGUCACAGCAUUUGUCAAACGACGCAAGCUCAUCUGAUGACAGAACAACUACUACUGAUGAACUGUAACACAAUUUAGGUUGGGGAUUUAUUUCAUAUACUUCUAUACAAUCCCAGAUUUAAGCACAGAACAGAUUCUGAUUUCAUUAUUUGUCCUUUUCAAAAUGGCAAAUGGCUAUCAUCUACUUUAGUGAUGCUUCACAUCUAUCAGCUGUAAAAUGCACCGUUUUUCAUGCAGUUGUGUGUGAAAUGGUCAUGCUGUAUUAUUUUAUUGCUGCACAUUUAGUCACUGUUCAGGAGUUUGCUUUGACUAUGCAGAAUCUUGAAAGUGUUGUUUUGUUUCAAGUGGCAGCGGUCGGUGUUGGCUGGCCAUCAAGUGGCCUUUUUAGAUGUCAUGACUGUGCAGUUUUUGGUAAAAAGAUACAAAAGCAGCUAUGCUGAUUAAUGAUUCAGUUAACUGUACACUGUGAACAAAAGAGUCUCAGGUUAACUCAUAUUUACAUGUGACGUAGUCUAUUGUGUAAUUUAGUGUUUGCCAAUUUGAAAGGCCUAGGUUAAGUUAUUUGUGUUUUGGUUAUUUUUUGUUUUUCACAUUACAUGUGUCGUUAUGUAAAAAUUAAAAUAUUGUUUU